AAGACAAACUGAAAGGUUGUUAAAGCGCCCGGCCACACUGGUCGGGUUUUGGACGGGAAUCGGAAUCGGGAAUUAUGCUGAAAUGCUAAAACUGAAUUUUAUGUCGAAAAUGCAGUCGAACUGCAAUAUGUGCUGGUCAAAAAAAAGCAAGGAGUAAACAAUCUCAAGUAUCUCGGAAACGGAAGGAAAAGAUAAAGAGGUAGCAGGCGUUGCCUCUCACCUGACACUCUCGCCCCGAAAAUGGAAUCGUCCAUUAAGCUUAAGGACAGCAACUCCAACUGCAAUUCGAAUUCCAACGGCAAUGUCGGUGCCGGAUCGGUCGGUGGCGGCGGCGGGAACGGUGGCGGUGGCGGUGGCGGAUCUGUAUCCGGUGGCGGCGUCUGUGUCUCGAGCAUCUGCAGCAGCGACAGCUUCAGCAUCAUGCCACCGCCGCACCACGAACUGGUCAGCGCCAACAGCAUCGAGCUGAAUGCCGCCGCCUCGCUGAGCGACGACAGUGGCGUACCGCUGACCACCAACAGCUCCAUAUCCAGCGGCGACUCCUAUCGCCUCGGCAUGUGCAAGUUCGAAAUCGAGAUGGUGGAGAGCGACGGCGAGGUGUCGCAGUUCGAUUCGCUGGACAACUGCUCGGAGGGCGGGAUGAGCGCCGAGAACUUCAACACGCUGAAGAAGGGUCCCCUGGCGCCGAUUGAUCCGCCGCCCGAGUUCCAGGACUCGCCGCAGACCACCCUGGUGCGCUCCAUCUCGAAAAACAUUGUGAACAGCCUGCGCCGCUGGACCUCCUCGCAGUCCUCGUUCGAGCACCUCAAGGACGAUGCUGCCACGAUGGUGAAUGGCCUGGCGACCGUGACCGCCCUGCCGGAGGAGCCCCAUUCCCAUUCCCAUACCCAUUCGCAUCCGCAUCCGCCCAACUCCGAGUUGGUUCUGCUGCUGGCCAAAACGGCCGAAUCCCAGCUGGACGCCCUGGAUGGCCAGGCCCUGGGGCAGCUGAGUCUCAAGGAUUCGUAUGCGAUCAACAAGCAUCUCUACUCCAGCGACUCCAUACUGAACAGCCACACGGAUAACAUAUACGACGAGCCGAACAACAUCGUCAGCAGCUCCCUGGGCAACAGCGUGGACAUCCUCGAGGAGGAGCAGUCGGAGGCCAGCAGUUGUUCGCCGCUGCCAUCGCCGCCGCCCCCAGUAUCCAUUGUGAAGAUCAAGCAGACCUUGUGUCCCUAUUACCAGGAUCAUACGCGGUAUUUCAAGGCCAUCCCCACGGAACAGGACAGCAUAGCCAGUGCCAAGGCAGCGGCCGCCCAGCAGAGAUUCAACAGCGCCGGCCUGUCGGAGAUCCACGACUACGACCUGUACUAUGGAGCGCGUCGCCAGCCGGUGGACAACAGCAGCCUGCAACGUCGCCAGGCCUCGCUGUACAGCCCCCUGGGCCACACCAGCCACUGUCACUAUCACAACCACAGCCACGGCAGUCACCACCACCACCACCAUCACCAUCACCACCACCAGCCGGGCUACGGCUACAGUCACGGCCACGGGCAGAGGCCCAACUCGAGGAACUCGCUCAACAGCCGGCUGAGCAGCUCGCACAACUCGCUGAACGUCUCCUCGGCCAACAAGCCGGACGACUCCAUAUUCAUCACCCAGGCCAUGUCGCACGACGCGCUCUUCACGCGCGAGAUCUCGGACUUCUACAAUGUGCCCAUCGACUCGGACAUCUACGCCUUCCCCGUGGACAUGAUCGAGCAGCAGCAUCAGCAGCAACAGCAGCUGGAGCAGGAGCAGCAGAAGCAGAAGCAACAGCAGAAGAGCUCGGGCUCCACGUACCACAAGGCGAGCCGGAGGAACAAGCGGAACAAACGCAAGCAGCGCUACGGUGGCUCCGGCACUAGCGCCGGCACGGAGACGAGUGACGGGGAGCCGGAGAAGGGUGGUGGCAAGUCGCAUGGUGGCGGCGGCAAGUACCGCACUCCAGUGGGCCAUGUGGGUGAGCCGUCGGAACCGCUGCACAUGACCCUGGACGAGGUGAAGCAGUUCUAUCACACCCUGUACUCGGAUGCGGGCGGCAAGACCGGCCACAAGCCGAUGGUGAAGUCGAGCAACGAGACCAUUUGGAGUGUGUCCACCAACACCACCACCACAACGGCCCGGACGCGCAGCAGUGUGGCCAUAACCCGGGCAUCGAGUGGAGCUGGCGGCGGCGGCGGUGGCGGCGGUGGGCCUGGUGUCGGGGGUGGCGGAGCUGGAGGGGCCAGCAGUGAUGGCGGUUCCAGUGGCAACAAGUAUCUCAGCAAGCAGAACAAGCACAACCUGGACAACGACAAGCUAAACAACAACAAUAACAACAACAACAAUCUUCAGCAGUCGCAGCAGCAAUCGCAGCAGCAACAGCAGCAGCCACUGCAGGAGAAGCCACCCACGGAGCAGCACCACCAUCACCACCACCACCUGACCAACAACAAGCACGUCCUGCACACGGAGAAAAAGUCCCAGUUCACGCUGAACCUCAAGCAGCGUUUCUGCAGCAUCUUCCGUUUCCGUCGGAGCAACCACAGUCGCUGCCGCAACUCGGUGGCCAACCGGGCCGGGACGCUGGGCAGUGCCAAUGGCGGGGCCAACAGUGGAUCGGCCAAUGUCCCGCUGAUACCCACAGUGGCCUCCACAGCGGUCAUUACCACGGCACCCGGUAUUGCCGGCGGACAACCUGGACAACUGAUCGCGGAACUGAAGGAUGCUGGAGGAGCGGGAUGUGCAGCCGGGGCUGGCGGAAUCGGGGGAGCUGGAGGAGGAGUUCUGAUCACGGCGGAGGCCGACGAAACGAAUGCCGAUCUGCGCAAAAAGUUUCAGUCCCGUGCCCUGCCACCACUACCAAAGAAGGCUGCAGCCUAUGCCAUUGAAUCUGUUGAUCCGGAGCCGGAGGAGCUGAAGAAGAACGUGGCCCAGGAGCCGCGGGCACUGCAAUUUACAUCCAGUAUUGAGAAGGUCAAGGACUACGGCUGGUACUGGGGUCCUUUGUCCAGCGAGGCCGCCGAAAAGGUCCUCUCCAGCGAGCCGGAUGGAUCCUUUAUUGUGCGCGACAGCUCCGACGAUCACUACAUCUUCUCGCUGAGCUUUAAACUCAACAACUGUGUGCGCCACGUUCGCAUCGAGCAGGAUCAGGGCACAUUCUCCUUCGGUUCGUAUGCCAAGUUCAAGUCGCAGACCAUCACCGAGUUCAUCGAAAAGGCAGUGGAGCAUUCGCGCAGCGGCAGGUAUCUUUUCUUCCUGCAUCGCCGGCCGGAGCACGGACCAAUGCGGGUCCAGCUAACCAAUCCAGUAUCUAGAUUUAAGCAUGUACAAAGCUUGCAGCACAUGUGCAGAUUUGUUAUACUAAAGGCGGUUAUACGAAAGGAUCUAAUACAGACAUUGCCAUUACCGAGAAGACUUCUAGACUAUCUUAACUAUAAGCACUGCUAUUCCGAGCAGGUGGAGAGCGACAGUUCCCAUUCGCAGAUCUCUGGCGAUGGAACGAUGUAAGGAAGGAAAGCAAAGGGAUAACGAACGAAUCGCUUGUGACAACAAAAACGUAAACGAAAGCAACAGAAAUUAUUACCUUAAAUAAGUAGUAGAAUUUAACGAAACAAGAACAUUAAGAGAUAAAACGUAGGGCAAGGCAAGAAAAUUCAAAACUCUGUUCAUUGAUCAUUUUUUUGUACUCGGUGCUAUACUAUAAAUAAUAACUAUUUAACGAAA